AUGGUUGUCGUCUGUCGGCAUACGGGAUUGGUCGCAAAAGGCAAGAUUUGGGGGCGGUCUCGUAUGGUCCGAAAGCCCGACGACACGCCGAUGAUCCCUUCCCUCGGGACCAAGGGAAUGGCCCACAAAUCGAGUCAGCAAACGGUUUCACGUGCGUGGAUACCUCAGUACAGAGUACCUACUUUCCCGUCUUCAGCUAUUCUUGCACCUGUCGGCGGCGAUCCACAAUUUGCUGCUCAGCGCACAAGCUACAGCCUACAGCCUAAGGAAAGUGGGACCCCCAGCAAUCGGUUUCCUUGGUCUUUCCCAAGUUCACAGGCUUCCUGGAAAGACCGUGUGUCACUGUGCAGCAGGUUGCAUCGACGGCAUCCACUCUUGGAAAGCACCAACCAAGCCGGACUCGCGCCGCCUGUCUGCUGCUCCUGCCGCAAGCCUGAGUUGAGCUGUCUCUUGCAGUUUCUCUGUCGCUCCCUCCCGUCCCUUCCCGCCUCUUUCCCUCUCCCCGUAUCUCUCUUGCCUUGCCCUGCCAGCCUGUCUGCCUGGCACUUGCCUUGGCCUGGCCCCUCCCCCUUCUCCUUCCCUUCCAGCCCAAUCCCAUCCCGCGCCCGUCCUGUUCCAGGCCCCUCUGCCCCAGCAGUAACAGCAGCACCAAUAGCAGGCCUCGAUUUGCUCCCCAAUCCCUUUUCCCAGGUUCCCCAAAAUCCAACAUUGGGACCAAGCACCUGCACCACCAAGAGCUACCUGCUCAGCGGUCCCACGGCCAGCCCGCCCGUCCGCAUAGCUACCCCUUCCCAGUCCCACCAAAGUCUCUCACUGCAGUGCUGCACCAGGGAGUGGAUUGGCCUGUCAUCCAACGCUACCUUACCUCACCUUACAGAGUACCUACAUGCCGAUUCGGCCUACUCGCCGCAGCCAGUAACACGCACCAAGCACCAAGCAGAAAGCACCGUCACUUUUUCGACCCGACUCGACUCGACUCGCCGCCCGCCAUCCCGGCCACAUCCAGACCAGCAAGAACAGGCGACGUCAUUGCUAGCAUCUGAUCGGGACGACAACCACCACAGCGCCCGUGACCGUGAUCACAACCACACCUCCUCUUCCACCUCCCACCGUCAACACCACAACUUCGACAACGACAAACACAAUCACCACGGCCACCCGUCAUCAGAGGACUCUCUCGGUUCCGAGUCCGAUUCCUGGACCGACACUGGGGACAUCGCCGACCUUAUCGACGACGAAGACCCCCUUCGCACCCAGCUGCCCAGCGACGUUGAUGACGAGCUGCUAGCCGGCGUUCACAAGAGACACCCCUCUCACAAGUCUUCCAAGAAGAAGCGUGUUCGCAUUCAAGAGUCUCCUAGUCGCCGCGAUAACUCACAAACCCGUCGUGGAGGUGUUAAUAAGGAGGCAAUCGAGGUUCCCGACAUCGCCCAACCUCGUCCGACCCGCGCGCAGCGAGUCAUCGGCGCCAUCAUGCCGGGCGGUUCCUCUAUUCACGGCCUCACUGGCAAGGCCCUGAUCUAUUUCACGAGUAUCUUCGUCUCCUUGGGAGUCUUUUUGUUCGGCUAUGAUCAGGGUGUCAUGUCAGGCAUCAUCACAGGUGUCUACUUCCGUAACUACUUCCAUCAGCCUUCCUCGGCCGAGAUUGGUACCAUGGUUGCCAUCCUGGAGGUUGGUGCCUUUAUCUCAUCUCUGGUCGUUGGCAAGGUUGGCGAUAUCAUCGGCCGACGCAAGACCAUUCUAUAUGGCUCCAUGAUUUUCUUUGUCGGUGGUGCCUUGCAGACAUUUGCCACUGGUAUGCCCAUGAUGAUGUUGGGCAGAAUCAUUGCUGGUCUGGGCGUUGGUGCUCUGUCUACCAUCGUCCCUGUCUACCAGUCUGAGAUCUCCCCUCCCCACAACCGUGGAAAGCUGGCCUGCAUUGAGUUCUCCGGCAACAUCAUUGGCUACACCACCUCGGUGUGGGUCGACUACUUCUGCGGAUUCAUCGAAAGUGACAUGUCAUGGCGUGUUCCCCUUCUGAUGCAGUGCGUGAUGGGGGCCCUUCUGGGCUUUGGAAGCUUGGUCAUUGUAGAAUCUCCAAGAUGGCUCCUUGACAACGAUCACGACGAAGAAGGUAUCGUUGUCAUUGCCAACCUCUACGGCAAGGGUGACAUCCACAACCAAAAGGCCCGAGACGAGUAUCGCGAAAUUAAGAUGAACGUGCUUCUCCAGCGACAGGAGGGUGAGAGGACAUACGCCGAGAUGUUCCGCAAGUACAGCACCCGUGUCUUCAUUGCCAUGUCAGCUCAGGGUCUCGCUCAGCUCAACGGCAUCAACGUCAUCAGCUACUAUGCUCCCUACGUCUUUGAACAGGCAGGCUGGGUUGGUCAUGACGCCGUCCUCAUGGCUGGCGUGAACGGCAUCACCUACCUUCUCUCGACCAUUCCCCCAUGGUACCUGGUUGACAGGUGGGGUCGCCGGCCAAUCUUGCUGAGCGGUGCCAUUGUCAUGUGUGUUUCACUGUCAAUGAUCUCGUACUGGCUCUACCUCGACAUCACCUACACACCCACAUUGGUCGUCAUCUUUGUCAUGAUCUACAACGCGGCGUUUGGAUACUCAUGGGGCCCGAUUCCUUGGCUCUACCCUCCGGAGAUCUUGCCCCUGAGCAUUCGCUCCAAGGGUGCCAGUCUGUCAACCGCAACCAACUGGGCGUUCAACUGGCUCGUCGGAGAAAUGACGCCUCUGCUCCAGGAGUGGAUCAAGUGGCGGUUGUAUCUUGUGCACGCCUUCUUCUGUGCAGUCAGUUUUAUUGUUGUAUACUUCAUCUACCCCGAGACCUGCGGUGUCCGCUUGGAGGAGAUGGAUUCGCUCUUUGGCGACGCCAGCACUGUUAUUGGAACGCCAUCUUUGCAUGGCCGCGAGAACGACUCGCUCAUGCCCGGAUCGCCCAUUGGGUCCGAAUACCGGGGACGGCCUGGCAACUUUACUGCCAACAGCGCCAUUCCUGGCCUGUCUCUCGACCCUCCCGACAUUCCCGACGGCAAGGGCCAGGAUGGUGAGGCCAGCAGCACCAUUAGUGGAUGGGUCUCCAGAGUUGUUGGUCGCACGCGAGACCAGAGCAGCAGCGGCAGCGGUAGAUACGCUCCCCUUGGUAAUCAGGAUGAUUGA